AUGACGGAUCUGCUUUCAGUCCUCAUUAACGAGGUGUUUUGCAUCACUCAAAUCGCAUCGGUGCGAAGCUAUGUCAUUGCUGCCGGUAUACUCGGACAGGGUUUUGGAGGACCACUGGGAGGACUUGUGGCUGACAUGGUAGGCUGGAGAUGGUCUUUGAUAGGCCAAGCGCCCAUUGGGCUGUUGUGUUUGGCUCUAGCUCAUUGGCAACUUCCGGCCUCUGCGAAGAAGAUUGAUUAUGAAACACGUAUAAGCUUAUGGGAGUUUGAUUAUCUGGGUCUCGCUGCUUUCUUCGUUUCAGCCACUUCUUUCAUCCUGGGGACGACCGAAGGAGGCAUCGGUUUCCCAGCCUUCAAUACGUCCACUUUGUUAGCUGUCUCGUGCGUGUCUCUCGCAAUCUUGACACUAAUCGAACGAUUUGGGACCAAAAAUCCCAUCAUACCUCCUUCCGUUGUCAGUGCAUCCGGUUUGGGUGGCAUUUUCUCGGGUCAGAUUCUAUACUUUGCCAGUAUCAGUACGAUUUUGAACAACUUGUCACCGUAUCUAUCCUGGAUCGACCAUCUUUCCAACUCAGCGAUUUCCUUGCGGAUCGGGAUUUCCGGGCUCGGCCUGAUCCUAGGGUCUGUUAUAGCUGGAAGGGCCUUGAGCAAGACUAUCAAAUACCGACAAUUGUCCCUAGUCGCCAUCGCCGUUAGUCUCGCAUCCCUAAUUCUCAUGAUAGUGCGAUGGGCAAACGGCAUCCACGGACUUGAAGUAUACUAUUGCUUCCCUUGGGCAAUGGGAAGCGGAAUACUGCUUUCGACACAAUAUCUUGCAUUGACAAUUUGUUCUCCCGAGGGAAAAUUGGCAAGUGCUACGGCGGUAUAUUAUCUAUCGCAGCAGGUUGGACAAAUCAUCGGCACCAGCGUCAGCACCGCAGCUCUCCAGCAACUAUUCCACUUCCGACUUGACAUCGAUCUGGGUAACACCUCUUUGUCCAAUAAAAAUCAUGUGAAUAUUGUUCUGACCUUGUGA